GCUUCACGACCUUGAUGAGCAUUCAUGUCUCGAAAAUCAUUCAAUCCCGAGGACUCGUCCAGUGUAGAACACUCCAAAGUCGGCGUCUGGGAUCUCUAUGAAGAUGUCGCCACCAAAAAGAUGUACAUUCCCCUGGUUUCAAACCUCGAAACCCUAUGGGAGACCACAGACUCGCUGCCCUACGUCUGGCGCAUGCUCAAGGACAUUGCAAACAUUAAAGGAUGCAUGUUCUAUCUCUCCCUCUACCUCGCUCUCGAACUCGGUCUCUCUCUCCUCCCUGCCUUGACCGUCUGGUACUCGGGUCAGCUUCUCCAAGUGGUCGAGCUGGCUGUAGAGAAACGACAAGUCGACAAAUACUUUCUCAUUCGGAUAGCUAUCGGCCGCUGCAUUACGACUAUUGCAACACGUCUCUUCCAGUAUGUCCAGAGUCGCGUGGCAAUCCCGCUCAACCUACGAAUCAAGCGCUACUAUUCUCUGCGAACCUUUUGGGCUAUGGCUCGCUUGGAUUUGCCUACGUUUGAAGACGAUCUCAUUCAACAACAACUGCAGCAAUCGGUUUCGCAUUCGACACGUUCGAGUAUCGCUUGGGACGUCGUCGCGACUUUCCUCAAGAUCGGUAGCGCGGGUAUCCGGCUCGUCAGCGAGGUUUACGUCCUCACCAAGGUUUUGGAGGACCAGCAGGAUGGAAAUUUGAUGCUCAUGCUUGCUUGCGCCCAGCUCGUCAUCGAGUGGUAUGGCAAAUACCGCGGCAUGUUGGAGAGACGUGGAAUCUGGGCUGCCACCACCGAGAACAAGGAUUACAUCACCAGCGAGGGCUUGAAGCGCGUUGUCAGUUCGACUCUCUACAGGAAGGAGCUCGUUGCCGGAGGCAUGAGGGAUUACCUGUGGUAUCAAUUUAAGAAGCGUAUGGAAAAGCUCGGCGACAAGGUCACAGACUUCUGGGAUGAAUACUUCCAACGCACCCGCCAAGUCCAAGUUCUCAUCAACUUUAUCCAAGCACCCCUCAGCGAACUCCCCCGCGUCGUCUUCUGCCUCCGCGCUGCCCAGUACCCCGCGUCCAUCCCUAUCUCCCUCACCUCCCACCAACUCGUCAGCUCCACCGUUCAAUCCUUCAGCGCGUCGCUUAUCGAUUUGGUUGAGCAAACCACGACGAUUGCCGAGAAGCUCCAGAGUGUGCGCAAGUUGUAUGAUAGCGCGCUCGUUCCGAAUAGGUUGAAGGAUGGGCAGAUUCCGUUCCCUGAGGACCAGGCUAGGAUCGCGCAGGGUGUGGAGCUUGAAUUCAGGAACGUGUCCUUCAGGUAUCCCGGUCUUGAUGUACCCGUUUUGGAGAACGUUUCGUUCAAGAUCGAGGCUGGUCAGCUUUGCGUCCUUGUUGGUGACAACGGCUCUGGAAAGAGCACGCUCUUGAAACUUGCGUCGCGUCUUUACGAUCCUACCGAAGGCCAAAUCCUCCUCAACGGUCUCGAUAUCCGAACCAUCAAGCUCGAAGACCUCCGACGCGCCACCUCCGUCUUGUUCCAGGAUUAUACUCUCUUCCCAUUGACACUCGGCGAAAACAUCGGCUACGGCGACCCCAUCCACGCCUCCGACAUCGACCGCAUCAAAGAAGCCGCGCGCCUCGGCGGCGCCUCCGAAUUCAUCGAAAAGCUCCCCGACGGGUACAACUCGUACCUUGAACGACCCGUGCACGACAUCUACAGCAACCUCCCGAUUGGUAUGUCCAAGCUCUUUGGCCGCGCCGUGAGUCACAGCAAGCUGCGCAAGUUUGGCGGCAAGCGCGCUGGGCGGGGGUUAUCGGAGGGGAAGAAUGCGUUGAGUGGAGGUCAGAUGCAGAGGGUUGCGUUGUCGAGGACGUUUAUGAGGAGUUUGUUGGCGAAUGAGACGACUGUUGGGUUGUUGCUGUUUGAUGAGCCUUCGGCUAGUUUGGAUCCUACUGCUGAGCAUGACCUUUUUGAACGGUUACGCGAAUUGAGAGGCAACAAGACUAUGAUUUUCUCGUCGCAUAGAUUCGGCAAGUUGACGAGGAAUGCUGAUUUGAUUUUGUAUAUCAAUCAUGGAGUUAUCAUCGAAGCUGGUACCCACGAGAGUCUGUUGAAACAGGAUGGAGAGUAUGCCAGGAUUUGGAAUCUCCAAGCUGAAGCUUUCUUGUAA